UCUGCGCAGUGACAGCAGCCAAGAUGGCCGCGUCCAUGCAGAACAUGGAAACCGAUGGAAAUGCUUUGAGGAAAAGAAGGACUGAUACAGUUAAACCGACCACAAAACCCACCGACGACAGUAAUGACACAAACGGCGAAGAAGUAGAAACUAAAUAUGGCAAACCGGGUGCUGUCAAUUUGCAAUCCGGGACGUUCUGGCUGACACGAAUCGUACUGCUACGGUCCAUUGCUUUUAUUUACUUCGUGGCGUUUGCCGUGGCCUACAACCAGAACAAGCAGCUGAUUGGAGAGCGAGGCCUGACCCCCAGUGAGGAGUACCUGCGCAGCGUCAAGCGCUAUGUGGGGGGGAGGAUCGACACGUCGGCCCUGGCCUACACCCCCACGCUCCUGUGGUUCCUGGACUGGUCGGACAUGGACCUGAACCUGGACGGGCUGGCCCUGCUGGGACUGCUGCUCUCCGGGGCGGUGCUGCUGACCGGCCGCGCCAACAUGCUCAUCAUGGCCCUGCUCUGGCUGCUCUACCACUCCCUGGUCAGCGUGGGGCAGAUCUGGUAUUCUUUUGGCUGGGAGAGCCAGCUCCUGGAGACGGGGUUUUUGGGGAUCUUCCUGUGCCCCCUGUGGAGCCUCUCUCAGGUGCCCCUGCGCUGCCCCCCGUCCCGGAUCUCCAUCUGGCUGUUCCGCUGGCUCAUCGUGCGCAUCAUGCUGGGGGCGGGACUGAUUAAGAUCAGAGGAGACCGCUGCUGGAGGGACCUCACAUGCAUGGACUAUCACUAUGAGACCCAGCCCGUACCGAACCCCAUGUCAUACUACAUGCACAGAUCCCCGUGGUGGUUCCACCGCUUCGAGGUGCUGUCCAACCACUUCAUCGAGCUGAUCGCACCCUUCUUCACCUUCCUGGGCCGCCGCAUGUGCAUGGUCAACGGCGCGCUGCAGAUCCUCUUCCAGGCGACACUGAUUGUGAGCGGGAACCUCAGCUUCCUGAACUGGCUGACGAUCGUGCCCGGUCUGGCCUGCUUCGACGACGCGGCGCUGGGCUUCCUGUUCGGCUCAUCAGAGGGCGGGGCCAAGCAGACCGUGAGCCGGAUCCAGAGCGAAGAGGCUGCGGGUCGCACGGCCGCGCCAACCAGAGGUAUGCUGGUACGGCGAGUAGUGAACGUGUCUCUAGCUGUCCUGAUUGGUUACCUGAGCGUUCCCGUGGUGAUGAACCUGCUGAGCUCCAGACAGGUGAUGAACACGUCCUUUGACCCUCUCCGCAUCGUCAACACCUACGGAGCCUUCGGCAGCAUCACUAAGGAGCGUACAGAGGUGGUGUUUCAGGGCACGCUCAGUAGUGACCCUAAUGACCCAGCGGCAUUGUGGGAGGAGUAUGAGUUCAUGUGUAAACCAGGAGCCCUGCACCGCCGGCCCUGCCUCAUCUCCCCCUACCACUACCGACUGGACUGGCUCAUGUGGUUCGCUGCCUUCCAGACCUAUGAGCAGAAUGAGUGGGUGAUCCACAUCGCAGGCAGACUGCUGGCCAAUGACUCCAGCAUCCUCUCCCUCAUCCAGCACAACCCUUUCCAGGGCCGAGAGCCGCCCAGGUGGGUGAGAGGAGAGCACUUCAGGUACCGUUUCAGUGAGCCGGGCGGGGUGAGUGCAGCGCAGGGGAAGUGGUGGAUACGGAAGCGCCUGGGGGCCUACUUCCCCCCCGUGGACCUGGCCGGGCUCAGGAAGUACUUCCAGUCCCGCAACUGGCCCCACCCACACGCCCAAUGAGCGCCUGACACCUGGCCCCGCCCACACGCCCACUGAGUGCCUGACACCUGGCCCCGCCCACACGCCCACUGAGUGCCUGACACCUGGCCCCACCCACACGCCCACUGAGUGCCUGACACCUGGCCCCGCCCACACGCCCACUGAGUGCCUGACACCUGGCCCCUCCCACAUGCCCACUGAGUGCCUGACACCUGGCCCCUCCCACAUGCCCACUGAGUGCCUGACACCUGGCCCCGCCCACACGCCCACUGAGUGCCUGACACCUGGCCCCGCCCACACGCCCACUGAGUGCCUGACACCUGGCCCCUCCCACAUGCCCACUGAGUGCCUGACACCUGGCCCCACCCACACACCCACUGACCACUAGACACCUGGCCCCACCCACACGCCCACUGAGUGCCUGACACCUGGCCCCUCCCACAUGCCCACUGACCACUAGACACCUGGCCCCGCCCACACGCCCACUGAGCUCUGGACACCUGGCCCCGCCCACACACCCACUGAGCUCUGGACACCUGGCCCCGCCCACACACCCACUGAGCACUAGACACCUGGCCCCACCCACACACCCACUGAGCACACACCUGGCCCCUCCCACAUGCCCACUGACCACUAGACACCUGGCCCCUCCCACACACCCACUGAGCUCUGGACACCUGGCCCCGCCCACACACCCACUGAGCACUAGACACCUGGCCCCACCCACACACCCACUGAGCACUAGACACCUGGCCCCACCCACACACCCACUGAGCGCCUGACACCUGCCCCCUCCCACACACCCACUGAGCUCUGGACACCUGGCCCCGCCCACGUGUCCACUGAGCACUAGACACCUGGCCCCACCCACACGCCCACUGAGCGCCUGACACCUGCCCCCUCCCACACACCCACUGAGCGCCUGACACCUGCCCCCUCCCACACACCCACUGAGCACUAGACACCUGGCCCCGCCCACACGCCCACUGAGCACUGGACACCUGGCCCCACCCACACAUCCACUGAGCACACACCUGGCCCCUCCCACAUGCCCACUGAGUGCCUGACACCUGGCCCCACCCACACGCCCACUGAGCGCCUGACACCUGCCCCCUCCCACACACCCACUGAGCACUAGACACCUGGCCCCGCCCACACGCCCACUGAGCACUGGACACCUGGCCCCACCCACACAUCCACUGAGCACACACCUGGCCCCACCCACACAUCCACUGAGCACACACCUGGCCCCACCCACACAUCCACUGAGCACUCACAGCCAAUAACGAUCACAUUUCACAAUUAGAGAUGGUACUCUGCUUCCUGAAUCUGUUCUUAAAUUCCUCGUCUGGGCUGUUUCCCACUGGGGGGGUCAGGUGUGACAGUCCCUCCACGUACUCAGAUUUGAUGACGCACGCACAGAAUGUUGCAUGUCAAAUGCGAAAGAGCAAGCGUCCCAAAUCCAAAAGGUACUCUAGGCAGUCGGCUUUCUCUGAAAUAUGCUGGAUUACGACCUUUUAAGAAAAAAAAAUCAUUUUAAGUAUGUUUGUCACAUGCUUAACACUGAGAUUGUUUUAUAAGAUUAGCAGUGUGUACUUUACUGCACAUAAAAUGACAGGACUUCAUUGUGUUAAUUGUCCUGUUUCAUAGUGUAGUUAAAGUGCGAUUUGUGAGUGUACACUUUUGUUGUGUGGCUUAAUGAACCGGACAAGGGAAAAAAGAUCAUACUGGGUCCUUAUCAUUGGCAGCUAACUAUGCUUACUCUGCUUACUAUUGGUGCAGAGUAUCUGGUGCAUCUCUAGGAUCUGUGCCAGUUACCAAUCAAUACAAAUCAAAUCAAAUCAAUCAGCAUGCCUUUGUUCAACAGCUCUCUCCCAUAACGCUCACCUCUACUGCAGCCUGUGCGUUUGUGUUGUCAUUAUGUGUUUUGUUUUAUUUUUGUAUUUGCAAACAGAAACUGUAAUAAGCUGUCUGCCCAGCCCAGUCAGUGUCGCAGGGAGAAAAACACCCUUCUGCUCCGCUCCUCUCUGUAAACGUACACGUGGCGCACGCCCGUGAUUGUGAUGAAUGGGGAACGGGAGGUCCGUGCGCAGCCGAAGACGGGAGCUGAUUGGGUUCAGCCGAGCGGCCGACGCCUGUUACUUUGGGAGCGGUCUGUUACGCUGGCGCCGGCUCGGAGGCGGAGGUUGUGCCACAGCCGCUGAUUAAUAAGAAUAGGAGUAAUAACGGUGUUGAUGAUGUCGUUAUUGGCAUGGCUUCAGCAGCGCGUGGGAGAGUGACCUGGACAGAGUGCGGUGUCGCACGGCUGGUUGUGACUGUGGAGCUGCGCUGCGAUGAUGUCACGCAGCCUCCCCUUCUCUCCGUGCCCUACAAACAACACAGCCACAACUGCAGAAAGAAACGCCUGUGUAUGUGUGUGUGUGUGUGUGUCUGUAUGUGUCUGCAUGCAUAUGAGUGUGUAUGCAUACAUGCCUGUGCGCUUGUAUGUGUGUGCUUGCAUCUGUAUGUGCGCGUGUGUGUACGCAUGUGCAUGCAUGUGAGCGUGUAUGCAUACAUGCCUGUGUGCAUGUGUGUGUAUAUGUGUGUAUAUUUGUGUGGAUGCACGUGUACGUGUGCAGACUUCUGUGAGUGCAAGCAUGUGUGUUUUGCUUCGUGGCACUGAAUGCACCACACAAUUAUUUGGCUGCAUGUACGUUACCUGGGACGAUACAAUAAAGUGUGAGGUUUACCUGUGGACAUAAUGCUCUCUGCAUCUCCAGUCUGGUCGUUCUCACUAGAUCUUGGGGUGUGAGUCAGAUCCCCCUCUUCCCUCUUUUAGGAGGGAUAUAUUCUGGUGUCGGGUUCACAUAAAUCACUGGUUCUCAAUUUUGUCAUUGCAAGACCCCCUUUGAUGACCAUGUAGUUAUCAAUGGCUGAAAUAUUUCUGUGCAAUAUGAAAAUAUAAACAAAAUAUAAACAGAAGGAAGGGUUAUGGUGCGGCAUAUCAAACAUCGCAGUCAGGGAUUACUCGGCAGUAAAGAAAGAUGUUAAUUGCAUUUCACCACCCGGAGGCAGUUCUCCCUGGAUGUGAUGCGAUGAUAUUUUGUAAUGUAAUGAUUGAAUUGAUGGCGGGGGAGGGUGGCGCGUGAAUGGUUUUUAACACCGCUAACAAACACGGAUAACAUUGUGCGGGCUCGCGGUGGCGAUGAUCUUCAGAAGCCCUUUCCUCACGCGAGCCAGGCUUAACGGGACUCUCGUGGUUAUAUAAACGGUGUUGCUGCACAGCACAAGUGAACGGUUGUAAAAGUUGUCCUCCUGAAAUAAAAAUAAACAUAUUUUAUGUA